UAGAAGAAAAAAUAUAUUAAACAAAGAAUGAGAAAGAAGAGUCAAGGGGUUUUGGUAGAAAUUUGUCUUCUUUUCUUCAUUGUCAACAUCGCUAUAUAUUUUUCAUUUUGAAUGCACUUUCCUGGAACCAUCCUUUAAUGGGUGUCAUUUCAUUUGUUGGAAUUUUAGUUUGAAUUCUCCUUUUUUUCUUUUUUGUUGGUUAUUUGAUAUGUUAAGCGAAGAAGAAAAAGACCGGCAUGCCAAGGCAGCUGCCGGUGUUGCUGCUCGUAAGCCGUAUCUGCGGUCGGUCUCUUGGAACGACCGUUCACCGGGAAAGCCUCACCCUAAACCGCCUAUGAACGCGAAGGGGAGGUCUUGUUUGCCUCCGCUAUCUAUAACAAGAAGGCCGGUAGAAGAGUGGCCGAAAGCCGGUUCCGAUGAUCUCGGUGUUUGGCCUAAUCCCCAGACUCCGAGGGCAUCGGUUAAGCCCCUUGACAAUCCUGGUUCCAAUAGGGAGUUUCUGUUGAGGAAAGAUAAGCUGGCUUUCUUUGAUAAAGAGUGUUCCAGGAUAGCUGAACAUGUUUAUUUAGGGAGUGAUGCUGUUGCUAAGAACAGGGAAAUCCUGAGGACAAAUGGGAUUACUCAUGUUUUAAACUGCGUUGGCUUCGUUUGUCCCGAGUAUUUCAAGCAUGAUCUUGUUUACAAAACACUUUGGUUACAAGAUACCCCGUCCGAGGACAUCACCAGCAUUCUCUAUGAUGUUUUCGAUUACUUUGAAGAUGUACGGGAGCAAGGCGGGAAGGUGCUGGUGCACUGCUGCCAGGGGGUUUCGAGAUCGUCUUCUCUGGUUAUUGCGUAUCUCAUGUGGAGGGAAGGCCAGAGCUUCGAGGAUGCGUUUCAGUAUGUGAAGGCGGCUCGAGGGGUGACGAAUCCGAAUACAGGGUUUGCCUUCCAACUUUUGCAGUGCCAGAAGAGGGUUCAUGCUGUCCCUGCUAGCCCGAAUUCUGUGCUUAGGAUGUAUAGGAUGGCUCCACAUUCCCCGUAUGACGCUCUUCAUCUUGUGCCGAAAAUGGUAGAUCAUCCAAGUAAACACGCACUCGACUCUCGUGGGGCGUUUGUUGUGCAUGUUCCCUGUGCUGUUUACGUUUGGGUUGGAAAGAGAUGCAGCUAUGUGAUGUCGAAUAGCGCUGCAUCGGCUGCCAAUCAGGUUAUUCGGUAUGAACAGGCAAAAGAUCCCUUUUUAACUGUGAGAGAAGGGGAUGAGCCUUUGGAAUUCUGGGAUGCCCUUGCUAGUGGACAGCUCUCGGCAGAUGGUUGCAACAGCGCAGAGGGCAGGAAGGUAGUUAAGUUGGCUUCCAAGGAUGACACGGUUGCAGUAAGCGAAAUUUAUGUCGGUCAAAGGAAGGUAGAUGAUUAUGAUUUGGAUUUUGAACUUUACCAUAAAGCUCUUGCUGGUGGAGUUGUUCCACCUUUUUCGGUGUCGAACACGGAAUCUGAAACUUGCCUUCCUGCGAGAGAAAAUGGAUGGGGUAGGCUAAGACAGAAGUUUGCUAGUGGAAUCAUGAAAGAGUUUGUAAAAUCAUCCAAACUGGGUUGUAACUUGACUCCAGUCAAUGAUAGAUCAGAUGUGGUUAUAGACACUUGUAAGGACAAGGAAAAUACUGUUUCGUUUUCAUCUCCAUCGUCAUCGUCGAUUCAGAGUAAAGAUCCUUGUGAUGAAGAAGAACAGUCAUCGUCGAUCAUUCCAUGUGGUUCACCAGAUUCCAUUGAUUGUUCCCCAUAUCGCAACUUGAUUCAGAGUAAAGAUCCUUGUGAUGAAGAAGAACAGUUAGUCACUCCUUUCGGUUCUCCAUUGGAACCGAGUUCUCCUUGCGGUUCACCGAAUUCCUUUUCUUGUUUUGCAGCCAGCAGCUCGAAAUUCAGUUCCAAAUCUCCUUCACUUUCACCUUCAACAUCUGACUAUGCCAGUUCGUUUACUUUUUCACCCUCAUCCUCGAAUUGGUCUUCUCAACAGCCUUCGCCUUCUGGCCUGGAAGCCACUGAUCUGUCUUCAAUCAAACAUUCCUCAACAGUGAAUUCUUUUUUACCAUAUAAAGAAAGUUUCCCAUCAUUGAAAAAGUCGUUUUCUUCCGGUCUUACUUUCAGAGUCGAAAAUCCUUGCCUGCCCUGUAAAGGUACUUCACCCUCACUUGCAGAGCGCAGGGGGAGUCAUCCUCCACCACGCAUGUGGUUACCAUCAGCGGAUGCACCAGUCCCUCGUAAACUCGUAAAGUCUUGGUCCUUUUCUCUGCCCGACUUGGAUGAUACUAUAAUGAAUGACCUAGAUCGUACUGAAUAUGAACCUGAGGAUAAUAGAGAAGAGUUAAUGUUAGAUGUUGAAGCUGUUGCUAGUAUCGAGUCACAUAGUCGAACUGAACAUAAAAAGGAAUAUGGAGAAUUUCAUGCUCAACCUACCGGAGUAAUCACUUCGGCUCUGCAUCAGUUGUAUCAGUGGCCUUCACUCAAUAACGUCAAGAUGGAUCGAUCUCACAUCCUCGAGUCCACAGCAACAUAUAUGUUGUUGGCUUCCGAAUCGAGCUCGGGUGUAAGUGACCAUUCUAGUGUUUUAUAUGUCUGGCUAGGCCGUAAAGUGGGGAGUGAAGAAGAGCAGAGUCAACUUUUAAGCUGUGAUGGCACACACAGGGACUGGGAAUCUAUCGGGCGCGACUUUCUUAAUAAAAUGGAUUUUCCUCUCAAUGCCUCUAUACAGACAUGCAGAUAGUUCGAGAAGGCGAGGAGCCGGAGCAGUUCCUGAACCUUUUCGACAGUUUUAUCAUUCCGAAAGGCUGAACUGGUCUACCAUGAUGUGAGGUCUCUUUGAAGGGGUUGGUAAUGAUCUUUCUCGAACACCCUAGACGAAUGUAGGAAAUGUAGAAAUUGCAGCCCAGGCAGUGUAAUGUGAUUGCUAUCUGCUUGUUCAGCGUAUGUCAAUAACAACGGAGGUAUUUGUUUAACAAAACAUGUAAAGAAAUCAAAGCCCUGUUGUACACUAGUGAUAUAGGAACUGGAAAUAAAUGCUCAAGUUG